UUUCAAACUUCGACGUGUUCGUGACUCUGCGUGAAUGUAGGUAAAAAAUUGUAUUUGGUCUUUAUCAGAGAGUGUAACGCAAAAUUAUAUGUGUUAUAGUAAUUGUGUGCAUAAUUGUGACCGUGUUAGCGACAUUUCAUCGGCUCGAAGUCUCUUAAUUUUUUUUUUUUCAGACACGGAACAUAAAAUAAUGUCUACUAUGGCUUGCGUCGUGAGUUGGUGCGACAAUAGACGCGGGACUCUUCAAUCGAAAUCAAAUAAAAUAUCUUUCCACGGAUUUCCGAACGACGAAAAAAGGCGAGAGGCUUGGAUUAAACUAUUCAGGAAAAUUUUUAAACAACCUUCAUGGGAACCACUUAGGAAUUCCGUAAUAUGCAGCAUACAUUUCGAUGUAUCAGACAUUUAUUUCACUCCGAAGGGUCGUGGACGAUUAAAACCGCACGCAUUGCCAACUAAGUUUUUGACGGUACCAAGCGCGGAUGCACCAGAUGAAGUGGAAUCUCAACAAAUAGAGCGAGUACCUGCAGUUGAGCAACCAGAGGUACAGUCGGAAUUUGAGCCAGUGGCAAGGCCAGUUGUUCAGCAAGUUACACAGCCAGUGCCGACCGUGAAAGAUAAUAAAUUUAACGAUAUGAGGGAGAGGAAGUCGAGUGAAGUAGAUAAGUUCAAAAGGAGAAUCGUACGCACGGUGUCAAGAAAAAUCAGGGAGCACAAUGAUGAGGAGGAGCUGGAAAAAAUGUGGGAGACGAUGAAAAAGGAGACGCGGUGUGACUGCAAAUUGUUAUGGGAACGAAUGCGCACCCUAACCCUGAAGAAGCUCAAGCGCUUGCUGCCUGCGGACGACAGGAACGACACGAUCACCAGCAUAGCCCGGCUCUCCGCCACCGACUGGCUGUUAUUCGAUCUGGUGCUGGUUCACGAGAAUAUUGAUGUCAUUGGGCAGGAACUAUGGGAAAAAACUGGUGAGGAGCCAGAAGUGCUGUACGAGUUGUUUUUCCUCGUCCAAGAGUAUGAGGUGGAGAAAUUGAGUGGGACUGCUCUUGUUGAUGCGUGGCUGAGCCUCACUCGGGAGUAUAAUGAAGGAGAUCGUAAAUGUUCGCCAAUGAUGUUACAACGACGGUGGUACCAAAUGAAACAGUGCGCUAGAGAAAGGUUUUACAAUUUUUGGGGCAGUUACAGAGGCAAUAUCAAUUUAUUGGAGCGGGCAAAAGUGCAUAAACCGACAAACCUACAAGUCGAUAUAGUUAGAAAAUACAGAACAAUAAUUAUAAAAAAAUUUUCGGAUUGGGAGGAAUUGAUAGCCGAACGGAAGGUCAUAUUAGCUCAGGAAUUUGAUGAAAGGAUAGCGGCUUCUCGGAAGAAUCCGGUACAACUACAAGAUGAGCAACCCGAAGUUGAACUUGUGGAACAAAAUGUGGAAACCAUAAGUCUUGAAGGUGACUCUGACUCUGAUAACGAGGGUGAAAAAGAUCAAGAAAAUAGUGACACGACUAAAUUUACUGCUAAGAUUAAAAAAGAACUUAUUGACUCCAUUGACAUUGAGGAAACUGACAGUCUAAAAUUACUGGAGUCAAUAAAUAUCCCAUGCGAAACACCUUUUGGACAAAUUGAAGAUGAGUCGCUACCCGCUGAUGCAAAUAGUGCAAGUGAAACGAUUCCCACUUUACUAAAUGAUACUCUCAAAGAUAAUGUAGAAAACGAAACAGAUGAUGACGAUGAUAUGGAUGAGCUAACACCCUGUGAUGAUGAUGAUUCAGAUUUUGAUCAAAAUGAAGACGAAAAGGACCACAAUGAAUAUUCCAAUAAAACUAAAAGCUCAGAAGGAAGCCCGACCCAGGUUACCGACGAUAUAACUGAAGAUGAUGAAAGUGGCAUUGCAAUAGUUAAAACAAAAACCGAAAUAGAUACUUCUUAUGAAGGUACUGGAAAUUUGGAUAGCACACACAUGUUGAAUUCAAAUAAUUUGCCGGUGCAUGAUAGUACUGUAACAAAUGAAUUAGUAAAUAAUUCAGUUAUUACGAAGGAAAUGGAAAGUGCUAUAAAUAUAUUAGACGAUGACGAAGAGAUGGAAGUAGAAGCAACGGAAGACAUGCUACCUAAAAUAGCAAGUGUCACAAGUGUUGCUGUGCCAACGUCGACGAAGCUCGAAGCCAUUGAUGAUCAAAUUUUAUCAGAGAAAGCAAAUAGCUUGCCAACAUCUAUGAAGCCCGUAGCUUCUUAUGAUCAAAUUUUAGCAGAGAAAGCAAACAGUUUGCCAACAUCCAUGAAGCCCGUAGCUUCUUAUGAUCAAAUUUUAGCAGAGAAAGCAAACAGUUUGCCAACAUCCAUGAAGCCCCAGGCGUCUUAUGAUCAAAUUUUAGCAGAGAAAGCAAAUAGCUUGCCAACAUCUAUGAAGCCCGUAGCUUCUUAUGAUCAAAUUUUAGCAGAGAAAGCAAACAGUUUGCCAACAUCCAUGAAGCCCCAGGCGUCUUAUGAUCAAAUUUUAGCAGAGAAAGCAAACAGUUUACCAAAAACUAUCGAGCCCGAAGCUUCUUAUGAUCAAAUUUUAGCAGAGAAAGCAAACAGCUUGCCAAAAUGUAUUGAGCCCGAAGUUUCUUACGAUCAAAUUUUAGCAGAGAAAGCAAACAGCUUGCCAAAAUAUAUCGAGCCCGAAGCUUCUUAUGAUAAAAUUUUAGCAGAGAAAGCAAACAGCUUGCCAAAAUGUAUUGACCCCGAAGUUUCUUACGAUCAAAUUUUAGCAGAGAAAGCAAACAGUUUGCUAAAUUCCAUAAAGCCUGAAGCUAUUAUUGAUCAAAGUGAAGCGGAAAAAGCAAAUAGUUUGGCGUUCUUUCAACACAAAGAUUUUUUAGACAAUUUUGAAGUACUGCCGAGUGAUAUACAGUUUGUUGAUGAUGGUAUUGUGAUUGAUGAUGAAGAUGAUGACAAUGUAAAAGACGAAAUUAAAAUUAAAAUUGAAGACGCACAAGUAACAGAUACAAAUGGAGAAAAUGAAAGUUGCAAUGUUGACUUAAAACUUUUAUUAUUUCCAACUGUUUAUACGAAAAAAUUAGAUCAUAUGGAUGUUUUUAAAUUUUUGGAAUACGAUCAAAUACGCGACAGAAGGAUCAUAGAUUGCGCGAUCAUCGAAAGCAAACCAGUUGAUGUCAAAGCCGUCAAAACAGAAGAAAACCCAAAAGACAAACCAAAAGAACAAAAAAUAGAAUCAAAGGAAGAACUAAAACAACCAAAAGAAGAACCAGAACAAGAACAAAAUAUACAAGUAAAAGAAGAACCAAAAAUAGUACCAAAAGAAGAACCAGAAGAAGAAUUCGAUGUAGACAAUUUUGACAAUGACUUAGCCACUUCUAGCGAUGAGGAAUCCAUAGAUUUUCAAAAACAUAGAAUAAAAUUAUCAAGCUGGCUUUUGCAAAAACCUCGCGUUAAAAACUACAAUCCGAUACAGCUUUGUAAAAAUCCUGAUUUUAAUACAAGAUUGAAACGCUUGACCUCUGGAUUCCUAAGCUACGAACGAAACCGUCGUUAUUUAAAGAGAUGUCAACCGGUCACCAUCGACCUGCAUAAAACUUUCGAAACAAAACUUAUAUAUAAAACGCUUUAUUUGAAAGACGAAUAUACACAGGCAAUAAGCAUUCCAGGACCGAUAGCUCCAAUUCCACGAACAUCUAGUUCCGAGCUAUGUGCAGCAAGGAUAUCUAAUAUAAAUAAUGUUGAUCGACCAAAUGAACUUCCCGAUACUAGCAGCCAAACGGCAACUCCAAUGUUACAAACCGUGUCAUCUCAAAGGAAUAAAGUGGUCAAUUUGCCAGAUAUUAAUGAAGUGCGUCGUAUUAAUCAAAAUCUUUUGUGUGCUGAAGUCGCACCCAUUCAAAGCAAAAGUCCCCCAAUAAAACUUAAUGCUAGUCCACAUUCUUCUGACAAGGAUGUGGAAAUGGUAGAAAAUGAUACAUUCAUUGAAAAUUCAACCGGUAAAACUGGAGGUCAAGACGUGGAAAUCGUUAACAGAGAUAUCACAGGUGAAGUUGAAAUAAGUAAUCUCGGCGUAGACGUUGUACAAACCCCACACACUAUUCCUGACGCCGAUCUGACCUCCAUAAACAUCAAUUCAAAUGCAUCUAAAACGGUUAAAUUAAAGUCAAUGCAAGAUAAACUUAUGAAUCGUUUAAGUAAACUAUCAACUUUAUGUCCUGAUUCAAGAGGGAAAAAAACUACAAAACUUGUAGAAAAACCCAUUUAUAAAACUGCACGACUGCAACGUCUUAGAAUACCUUGGCUUUCGAGGACCAAUUACCGGUGUGAAGAUGCUUUGUUGGCGUCUGAUACGGUGGAUAAAAUGUUGAUGCUUUUCACUGGUGAAAUUUGUUAUCGGAAAAAGAAAUCUAAUUCAAACCAUAAAAUGAUAUCAUCUUCUACUGGUGCGACAUCGAGUGAAACACUAAAAGAAACAUUAGAUGUCGUGUCCCUGCAAACAAAUUCAACGCCAGUAGCUCAAACUAGUGUCAAUAAACAAAAUGUUGAUUUUGAUGUCCAAAAGAAAAAUAAAAAAAGAGGGAAAAAGCCAGUUUUAAUGCCAUUAAAACAAAAUUCUGAUGAUGUAAAUAUCGUAUUAAAAUAUUGUUGUUGGGCUCGUAAAAAAAUUGCUAAUAAAGGAGUUAAUGAAGAUUUUCACACAUGCAAAACUCACUGUGUGUGUUGUUGUAGUAAUAUUCUUGGUAAAAUUUUGAAACGGGGAGUUUGGAAAACCAAAAUGGACCAGCAACUUGUUGAGCCAAUUGUUUUAUCUGAUGAUGAUAGUGACGUAGUAAAAAGUAAUGUAGAUACUAAUUCGAUGGAAGAUAACACGACAUUGAAUACUCCUGAAAUAUCUUCUCUCGUCCCUGAAUCUAUAAAUAUCGAUAAUUCGAUUGACAGUCAAGAUAUUUCAAAUAUAUCGGAACAUAAAGACAGACAAACAUUACAAAUGGCUAAUAUAUCUGAUUUAUCUCAACAACCUAUAUUAGUGACAUCCCUACCACAACCUCUGGUUACUCAAUCACAACCUCAGUCGUCACAAUUACAACCUAAUUCAGAGGUUACAGAAACUCGGUCGUCUGAAACCUUUUCAGUCAAAUAUUCAAAAUCAACCGUCAGAGGUAGGUUAAGAAAACGUCCAGAAAUGCCUAAAACUGUUUAUAGCUACAACAAAUUAGCUCAAGAAAAAGUUCAAGUAAAACUUAAAGGUAACGAGAUACCAAGACCAUCACCAAUUUUUAUUGGUGUCAAUAAAAUUUUACUAACUAGUCGGCCUUAUUAUAGACCCCCAGACUUACCUCUUGAAGCUCCUCAAAUAUUGUUACCAAACGGCGUUCACUUUGUGUUAUUGCCAAAUAAAGAACUGGCUGUAUCUAUCGAACCUGGUGUUGAACUUGAUCAAAAUGAACUACAGGAAUUGCAGUCUAUCAAAAAUAAUAUUCAGAAACAUAUUGACACAUUUUCAUUAUUUAAUAACGCAACGACGAAUAAUCUGCCAGACUGCGGAACAGAUAACAAUAAUCAUCAAGAAGAUAACGAAAACAGUGAAAUAAAUGAAAAUGCUAUGCAUGAAAAUGAGGAUAAAGUUGAUGAUCUGCAACAGAGCGACGCAAGUAAUUUGCCUAAUACAAAUCAAACUCAAAGUAUAUCUGAUUUACCAUUAGACAAUAUUAACUAUUUAGAAACGAAUAAUUUACUGGACGGUAAAAAUAAAGAUGAACAAAAUUCUGAUAAACAAGAAAAGGGUGCUGAUGAAGUAUCUUUAUUAGGAAACCCAAGUACUGGUGCAACGAUGACUAGCCGAAAAACGAUAUUAUCAGACUUGAUGGAAAUGUCUGGCAUAUCUGAGGAAGACGCUAAAAUACCGGAGACCCCUACUCGAAAUCUUUUAAUGACCAUUAAUCCUUUGCCAAUGGACGGAACUGUACAAACGCCUUUGCCUGCCACUUCAGUAGAGCAAGAAUUGGUUGUGACUGAUUUCAUACAAUCACCGCCCGCUCUUGCCGCGUUAGCUGCUCGGCCGGAUCUUAAAAUAGUGACAACAUACAACGACCUGAAAUCAUCAUUCGAUAUUAAUAGUAAUUUCUUUAAAUUAGAUAUUAUGACUGGUGAGAUGUCAUCUGUGAACGUAUGUAUUAAGAAGCGUGAACCGUUGUUAAAAACUAAACAUGGCAUUCCAAACUCUGACGUUGUAGUUGAUUUAACAGAGGAUACUGAAAAUGAUGGACAACCUUCAAACACCGAAAUUGAAGAUACUGAGAAAGGGGAAACUGUAAAUAUUGAAACUGAAAGUGUAGCUAAACCAGUAAAACUAUUCCGAGCAAUACAUCCUUCUAUAUUAAGAAACGAUAGCAAAGGAUUUUCUGUUCUUAAAACAUUCAAGGAUAUCCGUAGCGAUAGAAUUUUCAAAAGAGUGGAUGCAAAUAAGAUAUUGAAAAUUGUUACCGUAAAUAAAAGAAAACAACAUUUAAAUCAACCCUUCCGUUUAGAAAUAUCAGAUUCAGAUGAGGACGGCAAAUUAGAAAAAAAUAUGCCUGAAGGUCACGAAAAAACGCAAUUGAAAACUAUAGAUGAUUAUUCCGAUGAAUCUGAUGAGGAACCUUUAGCAAAGAAAGCCAAACGUCAAUCUGAGAUCGCAGCUUACAGUGUUCCAAGCACGAAUAACGAUGAAGCAAAUGACAAUGAAAAAUCUCAAUCUGAAGAAAAUAUGACUUUGUUAGAAAUGCCAAAUCAUAUGUUGAUGGAUGAGGAAUUAGAUGAACAACCUGAACUUGAGGCGUGUGAAAAUGAUUCGGAAGAAGAUUGUAUUUUAGGUGUAUAAAUUAUUUAAUUUCGAUAUGAUAAUUUCUUUUUUUUUAAGUGUAGUAAAAUCAUGAAUAAUAAUUUAAAUGGACAUUUUUUUUAACCGACUCGAAUUCGAAUUGAAUUUAUACCAGUAUCAAUUUAAAACCUAAAAACCUAAAGGUCGAAGGUACCUAUAGCCCCUAAUGAUCUCUUAUGUAUAUUUUUUGGAUUGUUACCUAAUACGUCGUCAUUGCUUGAAAUUGACUGCAUAAUAAUAAUCAUAUUACAAGUAUCUUUAAGAUACAAAGUGCCGUAAUCAAAACGGUGCUGUGAGAGAUGACCAUUUUAAUUUUAUUAUCAUUUUUAGUACAAAACUACAAUUUAGGGAAAAUCGCUAAAUAAAGCAGGGUAUGGUUACAAACUCAACGGUUGGUCGCACUAAAAAGCACUUAAACCACUGCAUAAGUACCUACCUAUUUUAAAACAUCACAAUAAUAUUAUCUCAUUGUAAUCUAAUUUACAAUUUACAAUCUAAUUUACAAUUUUGUAAGAUUUGUUGUCUGUGAUAUUACAUUUUACAAAGUAAACUUAUUAUAAACUCAUUAUUUAUUGAAGUAAAGAUAUAAUUGUGCUUAGUCCAAACUCUCGAAAUUUGUUCUCUCUGACUAAUAUUAUAUAGUUAUCUGUGAUUUGUUCCGUAUUCUUCUAGUACCUAGUAACUAUUUGCAUUAAAUGUAUAUAGAAAUUUAUAAUUCUCAACUCGAAAAGAAAUACCUAAAUGUAUAUAAUUUCUGUACGUUAUCCUUAAAGGAUAUCUCAUAAGUAUUUUUAAGUUUAGUAAUAGGUAAGUAAGUGUAUAUAAUAUUGGUGUUGUGUCCACAAACUUGUAGUUUGAUAGAUAUCAUGUAAUUCUGUUCCAUAUUUUGAAAUAAAUAUUUCUAUAUGUAU